AAAAUGCCCAAAAAAAUGCCCGUGGCAAUGCUCUAACCCUCAUUGAAAUUUCCUUCUUCCAAAGUCCCAGCCAUAAACCCUAAAUCCUAAAAUCCAAUUUCUCCAAUUCAUUUCUCAGCAAUUGUUCUGUAAUCUUAACAUUAUCAAUAAUGGCGUUUGCUCAGAAUCUUCGUCAAAUCUUUAGCAGAGCUUCUUCUUCUGCUUCCCCGAUUCUAUCGCAGCUAUCUUCAAUUCGCCUCAACACCACACUCACUUCUCCUAAGCUCUUCGUCAGCGGACUUAGCAGAAUGACUACAGAUGAAAAAUUCACAGAAGCAUUUGCUCCCUUCGGGCAACUUGUUGAAGCAAAAAUCAUCGUAGAUAGACCUACAGGAAAGUCGAAGGGAUUUGGUUUUGUAACAUAUGCCACUAUAGAAGAAGCCGAAAAAGCACGUGAAGCAAUGAACGCUAAGUUUUUGGAUGGAUGGGUUAUCUUUGUCGAUCCUGCCAAGCCAAGGGAGCCUAGACCGCCACCGCAACACGAGUCACAACCUCAACAAAAUGGCUAUUCUGUAAACAAGACUGUCGGAUAUUACAGGCAAUAGAAGUCUGCUUAUAAUCACAAGCAGAAUUAAAUUAAAAAGAUAGUAUAUAGCCAAGGUACUGAUGCAUUAUUGGAAAUGAGGGGCAAAAAUGCCCCAAUCAUUGUUUGAUGAUUCAUUUAAAGUGUACACUAAAACAAAUUCGGUCAGUUUAGGCCCUUUGCUGUAUAAUUGUUGAACCUUUUUCUGUUUUUUUGGUAUCAUUAAUGCCUGCAGUUGCACCAUGUACUAUACUAACUGUAUGUUGUUGCUGGUAACGUAUGUCGACUGGCAGGUGAUGGUUAUGAGAAACAGGUUAGCUAA